ACACGCACGGGCACCUGCUCGAUCUGAGAAAAACGGGACCUGUUAUGGCAUGUCGCCUUGACAACAGCCAACCAGUGAUGCUUAAUUCAAACCUCGUGACAAACGACAUCCAAUCAGCGCGCGGUAUUUUGAACGUAGUACGUUUCUUUGUCCCUCAGAUUGACCAACAGAAUUUUACUACUUUACUACAACUGGAAACUUUACUACUGCGUUUCUUGUACUUGGCAAAUGGGCAUCUACUGUGAUUACCUGAACCCAGCAUUGACGUAACAGGACUUGAUAUACUACAAUACUGAAAUUCGCCGUUUGUGAGACCUUUCAUUCAACUUGUAUGGAAAAUUCUUAUGUGUGGAAAACAAGUAAGAGAGGAUCGGAUUUAUCAAAACACCACAGCCCUCCAGUCCAGCCUCAUCUCUCUUACAUGCUUCUCUGUGAAUUACUGAAAAUGGAUAUAUAUAAUCACAAUGACCCUGACCAUUUGUCAGUAAUGGACAUGAUGGAUGAUAGAAAUGAUCUGGAUAGUUUGUUUCUGAAUUCCGACAGGCAGGAUUGUGGCUUGGAUCCAAAGUUAGACACGGUGUCAGUACUUCCUGAUCUCGAUGCAAUGGACACUGGUGUUUCAGCUUCGGGCGCAUUCGGGGAAUUUGACUGGAUUCAAGGCCUCCAAAGUGCGGCUCUUGCACAGCUGCAUCAGUUAUCAGAAACUGAAAACACCGAUCCGAAUCUUCUUGUAAAUCCACAAACUGCCAUUCCAGUGCACCUGCAGCAACCAGCCCAUACGCAAACUGUACGCGAUGCUAUGUUGACUGAAAAUCUGAACAAUGUGAGUGUGAUCGUGACGAGUACUCCAACAACAACCCUAUCCCUUGAUUCCAUAGGAUCACAGAAUACUGUGUUUACUACUCAAGGUGGUUUUGCAGUUUCAAAUCAAAACAAAAAUGUACUGUCUCCGUCAGAAAGCUCGCCUGUAUUGGUUGGCCAUCUACAGAAUGGAAUCCGUCCACGGUCACACAUAACAGUUAACUUGCCACCCGCUCCAGGACAAAGCGUCAGUAUAUCUACCAGUGCACAUACUAAGAAAGACACGGACAAUAGUAAACCGACAGAGAAAGUUUUCCCCAAACCUGUCUAUUCCUACAGUUGUCUCAUUGCCCUGGCUUUGAAAAACAGUCAGAAUGGCAGUUUACCUGUCAGUGAAAUCUACAACUUCAUGACGGAAAAUUUUCCAUAUUUCAAGACUGCUCCUGAUGGUUGGAAGAAUUCUGUACGGCACAAUCUAUCUCUGAACAAGUGUUUUGAGAAAGUGGACAACCCUAAACUGAGCAGUAAUGCCAAGAAGGGAUGCCUGUGGGCUCUCAAUCCAGCCAAGAAAGACAAGAUGGAGGAAGAAAUAGCCAAAGGGAGCAAGAAGGACCCUGUCGCUUUACACAGCAGCAUGGCAUACCCAGAGAGGCUUGAGAAGAUUGAGCGAGGUGAAGCUGGGCUACACAUGGAGCCUACCACACCAACGGCUCGACCACCAUCUCCAUGCACCCCGUCAGACACCACUGCCAACUCACACACACCAGCCAAAACUGAUGAUCUCUUCGCAUCAGAACUUCGUGAUCUCAAUGUCCUUGACUCCAACUUCACCCUUGAUCCCUCUCUGUCAGAUCUUGCCAUGCAGCAUGGCCUGUGGGAUGAUGAUCUUGCUAAUGACCUCAACAUUGACAUGAGCCCCCAUGUUGCUAUGGCAGCUGUGGGAUCACCUGUGGCAUCAUCAGGCUCCUCCAGCAGUUCAGUGUUUGCUGGUCUGCACGGGGCCUCCUACCAUGGGACAUGUGUGUACACCUCUAGUCCAGUUGCUGGGCUGCGGUCACCAUCGCCAGGAACACUGACCGCAACGCUGCUCAGUCUAACCACUCCAAAUCGCACACUGUCUGCUGCUCAGACCUAACUGGAUGGCCACAAUGCUAUGCCAUUUAAUUCCUUAAAGUAUUUCGUUUUGAUCUCUUAACAUGCAUUUUGAAAUAUAUUUCACCAUUUUACUGCCAUUUUAUGCAUUUAUCAUUUGAAACACUCCCAACACAUUUGUUUUGAGAUAAUAACAUCAAUGCUGAACUGCAAUAUUAUCCGUUUAUAGCCUUGUUCAAAGUUUGAAUGUACAUUUUGUUCCAGUUGAUCAAUGUUUUAUAUUUAUUUUUGUUCCUGCUCUAGUGCUGUGUUUGAAAUUUAGCAUGAAAGUCUUUGGUCUUUGUCAUAACCCUGUUGAUUAUCUCUAGGGUCUCUGGACCCGUGAAUAAGUGAGCAAACCUCAAGCUGCCCAGAUCAGCAUAAUGUGUGAACUUACAUCAGUCUCACUGCAGUGUAUUGGUGUAAGUUCACAUUGUGAGAAUUUACACCAGUCUUACUGCAGUGUGUUGGUGUAAGUUCACGUUGUGAGAAUUUACACCAGUCUUACUGCAGUGUGUUGGUGUAAGUUCACGAUGUGAGAAUUUACACCAGUCUUACUGCAGUGUGUUGGUGUAAGUUCACGUUGUGAGAAUUUACACCAGUCUUACUGCAGUGUGUUGGUGUAAGUUCACGAUGUGAGAAUUUACACCAGUCUUACUGCAGUGUAUUGGUGUAAGUUCACAUUGUGAGAAUUUACACCAGUAUUACUGCAGUGUGUUGGUGUAAGUUCACGAUGUAGAGGGGGACAGUAGAGUAAGGAGUGUACUCACCUUAGGGGGGACAGUAGUGUAAGGAGUGUACUCACCUGAGGGGGGAUAGUGGAGUAAGGAGUGUACUCACCUGAGGGGGGACAGCAGAGUAAGGAGAGUACUCACCUGAGGGGGGACAGUAGCGUAAGGAGGGUACUCACCUGAGGGAGUAUAGUAGUGUAAGGAGGGUACUCAUCUGAGGGGGAACAGUAGUUAAAGGAGGGUACUCACCUGAGGGGGGAGAGUAGUGUAAGGAGUGUACUCAAUUAAAGGGUAUAGUUACAGACUUUGAGAGAGGCCACUGAUGGAGACUGGAUUUAUGCAUUGUGCGUGAUACAAUAAUUAGCUAAUAAGCCGAAUGUGUUCAUGUUUUCUGACAGUAUCGACCCAUUUAUACCAUAUACUGUCCAUCAUGAAACUAAUGGAUCAGCAGAUUAAUAUGAUUAUGAAAGUCUGGGCCAAAAAGGCAUCAUUAAAUUGAUGUGUGUUGCUAUGCCCUUGAACUAUAAUAGGAAAGAAGUCAAAUUAUUACAGAGUAAUAAUUUCAUUAAAUAACCUUUGUUAUCUACAUAAACUUGAGAUGAGAUAUUCACUUGCAAAGAUUUCUCAAGUGUUGUUAUACAAAUAGGCUGUAGGAAAUCUUUGCCAAAUGAUUAAGCUGCAUCUUGCUCGCAAUAUUACUAUUAUCUGACAAGAUUACCAUGGACGACUGUCAUAACUUUUUGUAGAGAACUUGAGAAGCUCUAUCUCAACCUAGCUCGCAAUGACAAUGGUUACUGUAGGCUAUAUCACAGACAUCGUGUUUUCCAUCCAUGUGCAUUGAACAUAACAUAACAAUAUACUUCAAUAUUGUUCAGAAAUAAAUAUGUCACUUUCUUUAUGUGCACAAGGGACCCAAGCAUUUUUCACAUAAACUUUUCAUUUCAUGAUUUACAGUACCUAUUUAUUUUGGUGCAAAGAUCAUAGGUCUUACCCAUCUGAAGAGCUACAGUUUUAUGUUGUGAAUGUUUUGUAAAUAGAUAUCCAUUGCUGUCAAGUUUAUACUUUGUUUACAAACAUUUUAAAUGUUAUGUAUAUGAAGAAACCUAUUUAUCCUACUGUUAUAUGUUGUUGAUGUAUAGUGUAUGUUGAUGACCCCAACAAGAAUGGACUUAAUAAAGUCAGGCUCAACAUUUCCUUUGGUCUUUUUAACUUGAAAUAGUUGAGUCAAAUUUCUGAAUAUAUGGUGUAUUAAUGAUGUGUGUUUGUGAGAGAUUUUUAAAGAUAUGAUUCUUUAAGCAUUGGCUUGGUAACUAUUUGACAUUCAAGCUGACUAGAAGCUGAUGUGAGUGGAUUUGCUUACAUUUGUUCUUGGUGCUUCUGUUGACAUGGCCUUUCUAACUAGUAUGUGAAUUAUACCAGUUUUUACUCUCCAGUUUUAUGUUUUAGAUCAGCACAGUUCAUCUCAAAUCAUUAUUGUUACUGACCUCAGUGUAGCUUCUGAUAUCAGGAGACCUUACAGGCAUGAACAUAGCCUCUAGGAGAGCUAUGCUGACUGUACCUCUGUCAUGCUCCUCUAUGAACAUUUAGAUUUUGACUACAGAGCUACUCUCUGUCUCAUGAUGUUUUCCUAGUGGAUCUCAGAUCAGCAUAGCACUUUGUAUGCAUGAGAAAAUGCAUGCAACAUGGAAUGUUGAUAAAUACAAUCAAUAUGCAAAACUUUGUGAGACAGUUGCUUUCGAAUUUGAGUACAUAUAUAUUAGAUCAUGCAACAAAGUGUUCACUCAUCAAGCUGAAAACUGAACCUGUAAAGGACUGUUAGACACCGUUUUGUUUAGUGGUGGCAGCCAAAAAUACCAGUACCAAAGCUCCUCUGAUAUCAGCAUUGCUUUGCUGUUUGGCCUUGUAGUGUUUAUAGUCAUGCAUGAUUUUGAGUCAAACUUCCACCAACACUUUACCUGGAAAUGUGUUCUGUUGUGUGUAUUUAGCUUGUUGUUAAUGUUUCAAACAAUCUUUGACUCACUCAUCUUGCCCAAAGAUCAUAAGUCAGUUUCUGUGGAAUGAGGAGAUGCGCCAGUCAAACUGUACUGUAUUGUUAUAUAAUCAUAGUGCUUUUAUUGUCACUGUAACCUGGUUUCUGUUUCUCUUUUUUUCAUUUAUUUUGUUUACAAGGGAGACAAUGCAUGCAGGCAAUGUGUGGAAAUGGCAGCAGUCGUACAGCUGUUGUGUAUCCCAGUAGUCCAAGACAACAUUGUUAAGUAUUUGUUAUGUAUUUUAUCUUCCAACUAGUAAAGAAGUCUCAUGACUAUUGUAGUUUUUGCUGUAUAUCUGGAAAUUAUCUGAAAUGGCAACGAUUUAAAAUGUGAUGUGCCUUACUUUGUGUUUUGUCAUUCCAUCACCUGUCAUACAUGGUUGUAAAUUGCAACACUGCCAUUUGGUUGUCCUUCCAAACACUGUUAUGUAAGUGGAAAACCUACAUUAUUUAUGUACAUAAUGUGUGAAAAAUAUCAAUAAAAUCUCAAUCUGAAA